AGGACACCAGAGCAAGUGCCCAGUGUAGUCUCCCUCCUGUCUGAAAGCUACAAUCCACAUGUCCGUUAUGGAGCAGCAAUGGCAUUGGGAAUCUCCUGCGCUGGGACUGGAAAUAAGGAUGUAUUGAAUCUUCUAGAGCCGAUGAUCAAUGACCCAGUUACUUACGUCAGGCAGGGAGCUCUGAUUGCUUCAGCGAUGGUUCUUAUACAACAGAAUGAGAACACUUGUCCCAAGGUUGCACAUUUCCGUAGUGUCUACACAAAGACAAUCAGUGAUAAACACGAGGACGUGAUGGCCAAGUUUGGUGCCAUCUUGGCUCAAGGAAUUAUUGAUGCAGGUGGCCGUAACAUGACUAUCAGCCUCCAGUCAGCAUCAGGUCACACCCACAUGUCUUCUGUCGUAGGCGUUCUGGUCUUUAUACAUUUCUGGUACUGGUUUCCUCUGGCUCACUUUAUGUCUCUAGCAUUCACUCCGACGACUGUAGUAGGUCUGAACUCUGACCUGAAGAUGCCGAUCUUGGAGAUUCGUUCCAAUGCCAAGCCGUCUCUUUAUGCGUACACACCCCCUCUGGAGACUCCCAAGGAGAAGGAAAAGGAGAAGGUUGCCACCGCUGUGUUGUCCAUCACCGCUAAGGCCAAGAAGCGAGAGAGGAAAGAGGCAGAAUCAAAGAUGGAAGUGGAUGAACCAAUCAAAGAGGAAGAAAAGGUUGCCGACAAAGAGAAGAAAGAAAAAGAAGACAAGAAGGAAAAAGAAAAGAAGGAUUCCAAAGAUGCAGGAAAAGACACCAAGGAUAAGAAAGAUGAGAAGAUGGAAGAGGAACCGGAGGUGGAGCCUAAGAAGAAAGAGAAGAAAAUUGAGCCAUCGUUUGAGAUAUUGAACUCUCCAGCGAGAGUUAUGGUUGCUCAGCUCAAAGUCUUAACAACGGUCGAUAAGUCCAGAUACGUCCCAGUCAAACAGCUGUCUGAUGGAGGAAUAAUUAUGAUGAAAGACACGGCUAAAGAUGAACCAGAAGAAAUCGUUCUUAAUGUCCCAGCUGGUGGACCCAAGGUGGAAGAGGAAGAAGAAGAACCAGAAGCUCCUGAGCCGUUUGAAUACAUCGAGGAGGACACUCCACCCUCCAAAGUUUAAGACGAUAACUUCUCAAGAUCGUGGCAGAGAUUGGCGGGGGAAUAGGGGGAUGACGUAUAUUACAGUGACAUUUUCUACAUCGGAUGAUGAUCCAGAAACAAGCUGAGCAAUUUCAAAGAGCUGCUUAAGCAGAAAAUGCUGCUCAGCACAGUUCUUUGCUUAGCAAAACAAUUGUGGGGCACCAGUGCCCCCCUAAUUUUAACAUUCAUGGAACGUUGGCUGGUAACCUGUUUCUGUUAAGACAGAGUUUAGCUUAUCUAAGCAUAUAUUUGUAUGCUUGCAGGGUUUAUGAAAUUGGGCCUUGGGACUAGUAUCAGGAAACUGCUUCGCAAAACCAUGAGCAGGGAACCAGUCACAUACAGUAUACUUUACAUGGUGGUUUGGCUGGUAACCUGUUCUGCUAAGCAUAAGCCUAUUUGGAGUUCCAGCUGUGCAUGUCUGUUACUGCUGAUUAUGCAAUUUUUUGCUCUCGAGUGACCUUUUGACAAUACUCGCUGGUAUUAUCAAAAGGUCACGGGAGAGCAACAAAUUGCGUUGUCAGCAGUAACAGACAUGCGCAGCUGGAACUCUGAAUAGGCUUAUUACAAGAAUUUGUGCUUCUGCAUGUAUUUGUGUGCUUCAUCUGCGAAUGGAAGGAUAAGGCGUAAGACAUUUGACGUCUUCAUUUUUUCUUAUUAAUAGAAUUUCUGUAGAAGACAGAGGGGGGGGAUAAGUUGGGCUUGCAAUUAUCUUAACAAGAAUAGAAUUGAUGAAGUUUGAUGUAAAUUGAGGAUAAUCGUUUGAUCGCCCAUUAUUAUAAUCAAUAGAUUAAACACAGCAUUGAUGACUAUAAAUACUCCAUAUUAUACUGAUGUCAGCUUUCCAAAGACCGAUUCUGUCUAAUUGGAUGUUUUAUAGUCAACCAAUUUCCUGUUUGAAUUUAAAGAUGUGUACUUCCUUCUUUUUAUUCCAUUUCGGAGUCAAUUUUCAUGUACACAUUUUCAAAUGAGAACAAAUUAUUCUCCUUCUGCGAGUCAGAAUAUGCUUGGCCAAUGUUACCGAUGCUAACUAUAUGGUCGUUACUUAACUUUGGCUGUUGAAAUUUUUAUUUUCUACUUUUUGUCACCUAAUCUAUCUGACUAGCGGUGUCAAAGGGAAACCCGACCCUGGAGUUUCUGUCCCCCAUAUGGGAAUUAACAUUGGCUGAAGGAGGAUGAAUCAAAAGAGGGCGCUAUCAGAAGAAGUUUGUACACAGUUUGCCAUUUGAGGGGGGGGGGAGAACAGAUUCUCCUGUCAUACCUGCUUCAUAAUUCACUUCAUAUCCCAGUUUAACCCAGAUCCAUGUUUAUCCAUGUUUAGCCCAGUUUGGGCUGCAAUUGGAUUACUUUUCAAGUUACCUAGACUAUUUAUCACAAAGUUGGGACGUUUUGUAGACAUUUUUUAACAGUUUCCCAUACUAAAAAAAAAA